UGGCUACCGCCGCCCCCCGCGCCGCCGGGCUAGGGCAAUGCGGGCGCCCCCGGCGCGUGGCCCCCGCGGGCACCAUGCGCCCCCUGCUCCGCCGCCUGCUGCUCGCCGCGCUCCUGCAGCUGGCCCCAGCCCAGGCCCCUGUCUCCCAGCCUGAUGCCCCUGGCCACCAGAAGAAAGUGGUGUCAUGGAUAGACGUGUAUGCGCGCGCCACCUGCCAGCCUCGGGAGGUGGUAGUGCCCCUGACUGUGGAGCUCAUGGGUACUGUGGCCAAACAACUGGUGCCCAGCUGUGUGACUGUGCAGCGCUGCGGUGGCUGCUGCCCUGACGAUGGCCUGGAGUGCGUGCCCACUGGGCAGCACCAAGUCCGAAUGCAGAUCCUCAUGAUCCGGUACCCAAGCAGUCAGCUGGGGGAGAUGUCCCUGGAAGAACACAGCCAAUGUGAAUGCAGACCCAAAAAAAAAGAGAGUGCUGUGAAGCCAGACAGGGCUGCCACUCCCCACCACCGUCCCCAGCCCCGCUCUCUUCCGGGCUGGGAUUCUGCCCCUGGAGCGCCCUCCCCAGCUGACAUCACCCAUCCCACUCCAGCCCCAGGACCCUCUGCCCACGCUGCACCCAGCGCCGCCAGCGCCCUGACCCCGGGACCUGCCGCUGCCGCUGCCGCUGCCGACGCCGCAGCUUCCUCCGUUGCCAAGGGCGGGGCUUAGAGCUCAACCCACACACCUGCAGGUGCCGGAAGCUGCGAAGGUGACAUGUUACCUUUCAGAUUCAGUGGGCCACUUGCCUCACAGGUCACCCACAGUGGGAGAAGAGAAGAGCCUGGGAGAAUAGCCCAACCCCAAGGCCUGGAGCCUGCUCCCGGGCCUGGGUCUCUCAGAGAGCUCUCCUGCCAUCAUUUGCCUCCCGAGGCUGCCGUCUAACAAAGUCGAUGAGGAGACUUGGCAGCAGCAAGAGGGGUCACAUGCCAGCUUAGGGGGAAUGGGGUGUCGUCUGGGUUUCUAACUAACUUGUGCAACUGAGCAUCUUACACCUUGCUCCUGCCUCCCCUGAGAAGACCCCAACCUCCGCAAAUAAUGGGCUUUGGUACAAAAACUGUGACUCCCCAACCCUGAUAAAAGAGAUGGAAGGAG